AUGGCGUACUUUCCCGCUCUCUGCAUCGCCCUGGGCGUGCUGAUGGUCGAUGCCGUUCUUGAGCUGGCCUUCAUCACCAGCAUGGUGGCAUGGCUUCACAACACCGCCAGCGGCACCUUUGCCGUCAACUUCAACGGCUCGACAUUCGAUCUCUACGGCGAACCGAAGCACUUCCUCGUCGACCAAGGCCAUUCCAGCAACGGCGCGGCGGGAACGGCAAUCGUCCUGAUUGGCUUUGGGGGUAUCGUCACUCUUUGGCUUCGAAGCCGGCCCAGCAUACUCGGACCGAGAUUCACGUCCUUGCUUUACGGCAUCUGGCUCGUCAUUCUCGUCUUGGGCCUGAUGCUCACUGUCGGAUCCCUUGGAUAUGUCUUUUCCGUCACGAAUGCGCACAAGGGACAGACGAUCGAUGUGAAGAUUGCCUCGACGACUGGCAACCACAAAUAUCCCCUCGAUACGUGGACGCCGCAGAAUUGGUUCGCGGCUGUGCUGAAGCUGGACCUUGCCGACGACAGCCAGAGGAGCGAUAUCGAAAAUCACCUGCGAGUUAUGCGUGGGUGGCAGUAUAACCUGAUUCCUCUCUUCUUGGUUCAGCUUACGACAACUGUUCUUGCUGGGUUGGAGUUUUUGGAGAGACGAAAGCAUCGACCUUCUGCGGGAGAAUAUGGCAGCGUGGAGCGAAACAGCGGCGAGCAAAAGUUUGUUGCAACUCCUUAG